UCUGUAAAGAAGGAUCAAACCCGAGAUUGGAUGCAUAAAGCUUCACUUAAAAAACAGUAACUUUGAUGGUUGAGUGGUAACCUCAAUUCUUACCAGCUGUGAUGUUAAUGGAAGAAACGAAGUUUAUAAAAGCAAAUGUUUUUCAAGAAAAGAAAAUGUAAGAUAAAAGUCCCAAGAAGUAACCGGGAAUAGCAGGUAACAAAUAGGUCACUAAAUGAAAAUUCUGUAAAUAAAAUACCAAUCUUUGCUUGACUCUCUCUUCCACGCUUUGGCUUCUUUUCUUCACUUCAGUCUCUGAAUUGUAGGUAAUUGUAAUGUAGAGUAUCCAUCAAAUUCCCAAAGAUCGAACCCAUUUUGUUGUUGUUUCUCUUCGAGUCUCUGAUCGAAUUUUCUGGGUCACUAUCCCUCAUUUUCUCGGGAAAAAGGAAAGAGGAAGAAAGUAUGGAAUUGGCAGCAAAUGUGUCUGCUUUUUUCGUAAACGAGUGACUGAAACAACACAUUCAGAAACAAAAUACUACAAAUUCUUUAGAUAAUUGAAAUGAGAAACUCUUUCUCUCUUGUUUUUCACAACGCAGAAUGGAAUCUCUGUUUUUUCGAGGGUUUUCAAGCUGAUUUUUGAAGAUGAAAUGUGGAUUUAGUGCGGUAAUGAGAGAUAGAGCUGUGGAUUUUUGAGGAUUUGAGUGUAGCCUAGAGUGGGUGGUAGAAUUGUAAAUUUGAGGAAGUUUUCUGGGGUGAAAAUGGCAAAAAGCUGAGAUCUGUUUUGGGAGCUUUUAAGGGAAUGGUUGAUGAUUGUGUGUACUGUAAGUUCAAAAAAAUGUAUGCAAUUGUAUUUGAAGUGGUUUAAGAUUUGUGUUUACGAGGAAUAUGAUGAUUUUACUAGAUUUCAUUGUUGAGUUUUGAUCAUUUUGAGGGUUGUUUAGGCAAAGUUCAGAAUUGGACUGAACUAAAGAGCUGAUAAAGUGGGAACUUAUGUUUGCUUUGAGGUUUAUAAAAAACUGAUACCUCUAAAAUUAGUGUUGCUUUGAUAGAUUUCUUAGUCUCUGUCUGGUGCUCCGAGAUUGAGGUCCAUGAAUACGGCUGAUUCCGAGGCAAGGCCCGUAUUGGGACCUGCAGGGAACAAGGCAGGUACAUUGAGUUCAAGAAAACCAACUUCAAAGCCAUUAAGAAAGAUUGAAAAGUGUCCAGCUGAGGCCACUUUAGCAGAGGAGAAAAAUGACCUGCCGUCACCUAAAGUUAAUUCUCUUUCCCCCAAAUCCCAUUCUGUUAGUGUUCAUUCAGUGCUUCGCCGCCACGAACAGUUAUUACAUUCUAAUUUAUCACUAAAUGCCUCUUGUUCCUCCGAUGCUUCCACGGAUUCAUUUCACAGUCGAGCAUCCACUGGUGGUAGGUUCAUUCGGUCAAACAGCUUUGGAACUAGGAGGAAGCCGUACUUGUCAAGUCCAAGAAGUGUUGUUUCUCAUGGUGGUUUGGGUUCUCCACCCGACGGUUCACAUCAGAGGAAGAGAUGUGCUUGGGUGACACCAAAUACAGAUCCGAUUUAUGUUGCUUUCCAUGAUGAAGAGUGGGGAGUUCCGGUGCAUGAUGACAAGAAAUUGUUUGAGCUGCUUGUACUUGCGGGCGCAUUGUCUGAACUUACAUGGCCGGCUAUCCUUAGCAAAAGACACAUCUUUAGGGAGAUUUUUGCGGAUUUUGAUCACGUUGCUGUAUCAAAACUGAAUGAAAAGAAGUUAACAGCACCUGGUAGUACGGCAAGUUCCUUGUUAUCGGAACUAAAGUUGCGUGCUGUCCUCGAGAAUGCACGCCAAAUGUCAAAGGUUAUAGAUGAGUUUGGGUCAUUCGACAAGUACAUCUGGAGUUUUGUUAACCGCAAACCUAUCGUUAGCAGAUUCAGGUAUCCACGUCAGGUUCCGGUUAAAACUCCGAAAGCAGAUGCCAUUAGCAAAGAUUUGGUAAGAAGGGGUUUUCGAAGUGUGGGGCCAACAGUCAUCUACUCUUUCAUGCAAGUGGCGGGAAUAACAAACGACCAUCUCACGAGUUGUUUCAGAUUCCAGGACUGUAUAAACACAGCAGAAGGAAAAGAAGCAACUGGGACCAAAGAUAUGCCCGAAGAGGAAAAAACCAAUAGCAUGAUUGGAUCAGAGUUAUCCAUAGCUAUCAAUGACUUGAGUUUCUCCUAAGAAUGAUAUUGGCAGACGGCAGAUGACGCUCCAGGUUCGAUCAUCAGUUUUACCACAUUGACUGAUUCACUGCUCUUUUGUGUAGUAAUUAAGGUGGUUUUGUGAAUAAAAUUUCAUGAACAACUAUGCAUACUGAAUUUUCUAGAUUGUAGAUCUUAAAGUAAACUAAAUUUAACCAAUGAAUGUGCUGUUUGAUGGGGCAUGUCAUGGAAGUCUUAAAAUAUGAUGUACAAUUUUCUUG